GGUGGACAGGAUACCGGGAGGCUGUGUGUAAUCGCGCGCGGGAGAAGGACUACCGGUGCGCUCUGUUACUAACGCUUCACGAGCCAGCCAAGCGCGUCCUUUCGAACCAUCUCAAUGGAAACCGUGCGGGUGUGAGUGAAAGCGACAUCAGAAAGAACAACACCAUUCUUCCGCCAGAGUAAUCAAUACAAGGGGAUGGAACCGAUCGAUGCGACUGGAGGCUAAAUAUUUGUUUAGAUUUAAGGGAUUUACAAGUGAUCUCGUGUGGACAAUAUUCAACAGUGGACUAAAUAGCCUCCCUGCCCAGCCAGAGACGAGUGGAGCCCCUCUUCUGUCUGCGGACAUGAACUCCUCCUACGCCACCCUGAACCCACCCUUCUGGGCCCUCUACAUCAAUCACAGCUCUCACUACGACGACGGUUACUAUGGCAACACGACUGAGGCCCCGCCCUCCAUCCACAAGCCAAAGGCCUGUGAGCAGCUCAACAUCGCUGUGGAGGUGUUCCUGAUUCUGGGCAUCAUCAGUCUGCUUGAGAACAUUCUGGUGAUUGCUGCCAUCGUGAAGAACAAAAACCUGCACUCUCCUAUGUACUUCUUUGUGUGCAGUCUGGCCGUGGCAGACAUGCUAGUCAGUGUGUCCAACGCUUGGGAAACCAUCAUCAUUUACCUCCUCAACAACAAACGCCUGGUCGUGGACGACCACUUCAUCCGCCAGAUGGACAACGUGUUUGACUCCAUGAUCUGCAUCUCCGUGGUGGCGUCCAUGUGCAGCCUGCUGGCCAUCGCCGUGGACCGCUACGUCACCAUCUUCUACGCGCUGCGCUACCACAACAUCAUGACCCUGCGCCGCGCCGCCGCCAUCAUCGCCGCCAUCUGGACAUUCUGCACCGGCUGCGGCAUCGUGUUCAUCGUCUACUCCGACUCCACGCCCGUCAUCGUGUGCCUGGUGUCCAUGUUCUUUGCCAUGCUGGUGCUCAUGGCCUCGCUCUACAGCCACAUGUUCAUGUUGGCGCGCUCGCACGUCAAGCGCAUCGCCGCGCUGCCCGGCUACAACUCCAUCCACCAGCGGACGAGCAUGAAAGGGGCCAUCACCCUCACCAUCCUCCUGGGGAUCUUCAUCGUGUGCUGGGCGCCCUUCUUCCUCCACCUCAUCCUGAUGAUCUCCUGCCCGCGGAACCUCUACUGCGUGUGCUUCAUGUCCCACUUCAACAUGUACCUGAUCCUGAUCAUGUGCAACUCCGUCAUCGACCCCCUGAUCUACGCCUUCAGGAGCCAGGAGAUGAGGAAGACCUUCAGGGAGAUCAUCUGCUGCUACAGCGUCAGGAACGUCUGCAGCAACCUGGGGCUCACCAGGAACAUCAGCGGAUGACCUCCGGGUUGCCGUCACCGCGAGCUCCGCACCACCUCCACACGAUCUCCAGGCGAUCGGGGGGUCGUCCUUGUUGUGUUUUAUGCCGAGUGAA